AUGAUUGGAACUACCUCCAGCACGACCGGCACCUAUCGAAUUUCAAACUCCUCGCUUCGCCCUGCCCUGCCACGCCACUCCGAGAUCGACCAGCCUGGCUACACCACUCAAGUAUCCGUGGUAGUCUACGCCAGGCUGGUCACGAGCCUAACCAGGGACGGGAUCUUUGUUUCUAGGUCCAUUGAGCGGGAUUUACGGACGGUCACGCGUUUUGCAAUUGGCAAAUCUAUGGUACAUCGAUUGGCGGCGGCUUUCUUGGGGACUGCUGUCAGUUGCUGGCGGUUAAAUGAACGAGGGAAGGCUGUUAGCAUUUACACCUUUAGCACCGUUAUUGGGUCCCGUCCUGGGACCUAUCGUAGGCGCCUGCUGAACGGUCGACCUGGAGAUGGGUGGUCCUAUGCGCCCCUCUUAUUAGAAAGGAAGGCAGAGCGGAUUGGCAGAUCUAUGGAUGUCGAAAAAAUGCCGUAUAGAGAAAUCCGUACCGUUUUCGAAAGUCAAGACCAUCGUCGGCGGACCAUCAUGGCCAAAUCUCUUAGCCGCCCCUUUGCACUCUUUGCCCCGAGAGCGAUGUACAAGAUUUACGUUCAUUUCAAAAAUAAGAACGGUGGAGUUGCGAAGCCGGAGUUCCGAUUGCCUACGGUGGUUCCCGAAUCCGUGCUACUUCCAAUAGGGUGUUCGAUCGGUAUUGCGCUUGUAGGAGCAGGCAUCAUUUUGAGUUUCCAGUGUAUCCAGGCAUACAUUGUUGAUUGUUUUACGCUUCACAUGAUGCUGCUUCCGGGCGAUACUAUUCUGGGGGUCGUGGCAAUCGUCAUAGGCUGUCCUGCGUACGUAUUCGUUCUUCUUCCUUCCGUUGUCACCCUUCAUGAUUACGACCCAGACCCUGUAUAUUUUGGUAUUACGGGGAGCAGAUACGGAACAGCAGUCGAUAUGCACGGCGAUAACGCUAGACAAAUGAGCAGCGACCGAAGUAAGGCAUGGAUCGCGAUAACUCACGAAUUAUGA